AUGGGGAAGACUGAGGCAGCUAAAUUAGUUCCAAUGGGUUUCACUACUGCAACUGAGUUCCACCAAAGGCGGUCAGAGAUCAUACAGAUUACUACUGGCUCAAAAGAACUUGACAAAUUACUUCAAGGAGGAAUUGAAACAGGAUCCAUCACAGAGAUGUUUGGAGAAUUCCGAACUGGGAAGACUCAAAUCUGUCAUACACUGGCUGUAACAUGCCAGCUUCCCAUUGACCGAGGUGGAGGAGAAGGAAAGGCCAUGUACAUUGACACUGAGGGUACCUUUAGGCCAGAACGGCUGCUAGCAGUGGCUGAGAGAUAUGGCCUCUCUGGCAGUGAUGUCCUGGAUAAUGUAGCAUAUGCUCGAGGGUUCAACACAGACCACCAGACCCAGCUCCUUUAUCAAGCAUCAGCCAUGAUGGUAGAAUCUAGGUAUGCACUGCUAAUUGUAGACAGUGCCACUGCCCUCUACAGAACGGACUAUUCGGGUCGAGGGGAGCUUUCAGCCAGGCAGAUGCACUUGGCCAGGUUUCUGCGGAUGCUUCUGCGACUUGCUGAUGAGUUUGGUGUAGCAGUGGUAAUCACCAACCAGGUGGUAGCCCAAGUGGAUGGAGCAGCCAUGUUUGCUGCAGAUCCUAAAAAACCUAUUGGAGGAAAUAUCAUUGCUCAUGCUUCAACAACCAGACUGUAUCUGAGGAAAGGAAGAGGGGAAACCAGAAUCUGCAAAAUCUACGACUCUCCCUGUCUUCCUGAAGCUGAAGCUAUGUUUGCCAUCAAUGCAGAUGGAGUGGGAGAUGCCAAAGACUGAAACAUUGGGGUUUUUCCUGUGAUAAACCUUAAGUGCUACAGCCUAAUGGAGAGGACUGCUCCCUGGGGUUCUUCAUAGGCCUCUUCCUGUUGUGACUGCCAGAAAAAGGCUUCCGGAAAAACAGCUAUUGUAUCGGCUUUUCUGAUGGUGUAAACAGGAGACAGGUCAGUAGUCACAAACUGAUCUGAAAUGUUUAUUCCGUCUGGAGUGUA